AUGAAAGCUACUGGGAUUAUUCUCAUUGUGAGUCCUUGGAACGAUCUCCACAAACCAGAAACUAAGGAGGAGGUUCCAGCAGCGACAAUGAGCAUACACAGAACCUUUACAUCUUUCCCUUCUUCAUCUUCUCAAUGGAAAUAUGAUGUCUUUCUGAGUUUUAGAGGUGAUGACACUCGCAAGGGUUUUACAGACCACUUAUACACUGCAUUGGAACAUCAAGGAAUUACAACUUUCAGGGAGGAUCUUGAACUUCAAAAGGGGAUGGCUAUUAUUUCUCCACAGCUUUUGACUGCAAUUGAAGAGUCAAGGUUCACGCUCAUUGUUCUUUCACGAAAUUACGCGUCAUCAACAUGGUGCCUGGAUGAACUUGAACUGUUGCAGAAGUCUUCAUUAAACAUGAAGAGAGUGUUACGGAGAAAAUUACUGUUUAGUUCAGUGGAGAACCAAAUAGUUGGAAUUGAUUCAGGAUUGAAACCAAUCAACUUGCUCUUGGGUGCAGGGGUGGAUGAUGUUCGCUUUGUUGGGAUAUGGGGAGUGGGCGGUAUUGGUAAGACAACUAUUGCUAGAGUUGUACAUGAGAGAAUAUCUAAUGAAUUUGAAUUUAGUAUCUUUAUUGGCAAUGUUAGAAAUAUUGUUGAAAAAGGUGGUCUUGUUAGCCUACAAAAGCAACUUCUUUCUGGGAUAUGGAUGAAAAAGGAUGAUAUAUCAAACUUUCAUGAAGGAGCCAUGAUCAUAAGGAGGGUUUUAUGUCAGAAAAAGGUUCUUCUCAUUGUUGAUGUUAAUCAUUUGGAACAAUUAGAAAGUGUGGCUGGAAAUCAUGAGUGGUUUGGUUUUGGGAGUAGAGUUCUCAUUACAACUAGAAAUGAGCGUUUGUUGAUCAAACAUGGACUGGAGAGAAGAUUUCAGGUAAAGGGACUAAAAAGUGAAGAUGCUCUUCAACCGUUUACUUGGAAAGCUUUUAAAAAGGUUUACCCUGAAAAGUACUAUCUUCUUUUGUCUAAUCGCAUUGUGAGUUAUGUCAAAGGUCUUCCAUUAGCUCUUGAGGUCUUCGGAUCAUUCUUGCAUGGAAGAGGUUUAAGUGAAUGGAACAGUGCGUUGGGAAAACUUGGAGUGUGCAACCUGGAAAUUUUUGAGGCAUUAAAAAUUAGUUAUGAUGGUCAAGAAAAUGUUCCUGGACAUUGCGUGUUUCUUUAACAGGAAGGACAAAGAUCAAGUAAUAGAAGCUUGUGAUGUUUCUGCAGUUGUUAUAAGAAGUCCUCAUUGAGAGAUCUCUCAUAAGGAUUUUGGGUGGAAGGCUUUGGAUGCAUGAUUCGCUCCAAGAAAUGGGUUGGCAAAUUAUACUCUGGGAAUUUCCUGAUGAGCCUGGCCGGUGCAGCAGGUUGUGGUUUCAUGAAGAUGCCAAUCAUGUCUUGAGCAAAAAUACUGGAACAGAGGCAAUAGAAGGCAUAGUUCUGCACCCAGCUGAUCCAGGGGUACAGGUGCAUGCAAAUGCUAUAUCCUUUUCAAAGAUGGUGAAACUAAAAUACCUCAAGCCUUUACAAAUUUGAAAACCAUCAAACUCAGUCACUCUCUGAAUCUUGUCAGCACGCCCAACUUUAAAGGUAUGCCAAGUCUUGAGGUUCUGAUUCUUGAAGGUCGUACACAAUUGUUUGAGGUUGAUCCAUCAUUUCAAGUGCCGGAAAGACUUACUCUACUGUGUUGACGUGAGUCUUCUAAUUAAUUAUAGAGAUUUAUUUCCUUGAUUAAUUAAGGGAUUUACUUUCCCAUUUUAUUUAGUUGGCAAAUCUUUGUAUAAUUAAGAGAUAUUAUCCUAAUUGAUUACUGUAUCAUUUUCCUUGUAAAACAGUCAUGUACACUCUUGUAUAUACCUCUUUAUGGAGAAGAAUAAAAUA